AGCCAUGCAAGUCUGAUGGGAUUUUUACAUUGAAGUUGUCUUCAACUACACCGGAGCUGGCAGUUCUGAAGUGUCCUGGUCAGGAGCUCGCAAAAGGCUUAGGUUAUGACAGAUUGAACCAGAGUGUGAAUGAUCAACCUCUUCAGUCCAAGCCAAUGAUGACAAAUCCUGCAGGAGGGAAACAAUACAGAAGAUCCUGGACAUCAGAGCUUCAUGCCAGGUUUGUGGAGGCUCUGGCAUAUCUUGGAGGUCCUGAAGUUGCUACCCCGAAGCAGAUAAGAGAUGUCAUGAAGGUUGAAGGGCUCACAAAUGAUCAAGUAAAGAGCCAUUUGCAGAAGUAUCGGCUUCACAUUAGAAGAGCUCAAGCAGCCAAUGUAAAUCUUCUAGAAUGUGUGGAAAAGCUUCAGGAACCAUGGACAUCAGAGUUCUACUACAUUGGAAUGCAACCCUUCCCAAGGGAUCCUGUUCAAAAGUACUAGUUUCAUAUUGGUCUUUGGUGGCAACAAGUUGCAACUUAAAAUGAAGGCAACGGGAAAUCAUAUUAGGGUGUUGUCCGUAAACAAGGGUACCACAUAGAUGUUCUCAACAAGCCUUUUUUUGGUUGAUUAUGGUAAUGGUCUGCUUUAUGUAAUGCUGUUUUAGAGCUUGGUAAGGUAAAGUAAGGUUUAGUAAAGUAAGAUAUGGUAAGAUAAAAUAUAGUAAGGUAAGGUAAUAGUUUGUUUUAUGUUUGGGAAGAAGGUAAAGUAAAGUGAGGUAAAUGAAUGUUUAAUUAUA